ACUUUUGCCUCAACUUUCAAAAAUUAUUAUUUUGAUAAAUAGGGGUACAUAGUGCGUACAUUACAUACAUUUAAUUAAAUUUUGGCAUUAUUUGGAUUUGCAAUGGCGGCAAUCGGUACUAGACGUACAUUAAGCCAACUGAUAAAGCAAGGAUAUCAAGAAAUCCCAGAGAUCUUUGCCUCAACUGCUCUCGGCUUGGUUGGAAUUGGACUGGGUGCUUAUUCCUGUUAUCGUUACGUAAAAAAUGACGGAGACAAUCGAAGAUACAAGCAAGUUUUCAUUGUAAUGAGACCAGAUGACCCUAGAGUGCAGAAAUUACGGAAAGAUUGAAUUUGUUAAUACUAUGCAACUGUAGUUGAAAUAAUUAUGUAAUGUACAAUAAAAACAGUUAAAUUAUC